GUUAAUUUUUGUUCGGAAUAUGUAGUUUUUCUUUUUCUUCCAAACAAACAAAUACUCACAAUAUUGAAAAAAAUUUCCCACCGAGGGUUACGACGAAGAGAACUGUCUUCGCCGCCGCCGGUAACUCCAUAAUCAACGGUAGGUUCCCGGGCUUUUGCCUUUCGAUUACACAACACCUCCACCGCCGAUGGAUUCUGAAGCUAAUGAAAUGCAACACAAGCAAGAACGCUUGAGAACAAGGUGGACACCCUCCCUGGACAAGGUCUUUGCUGACCUUGUUGUUGAGCAGAUUAAGCUGGGGAACCGGCCGAACAAUGUAUUUGAUAAGAAAACAUGGAAUUACAUACGUGAUGAAUUCAAUAGACAGACCAAUCUUAAUUUCAAUAAUAACCAGCUAAGAAAGCACCUUGAUGUGUUGCGUACUCGUUACUGUAACCUUAAAUCUGCUUCUGAUCAAAAUGAUGCUUUGGACGAUUCUUGCUACAUUGGUUUUGACCUUUGGGAAGACAUUGGGGCUCAGCCGAAGCCUGAAUCAAGCAAACCCAAGGAGUGCCCUAUCUAUGAGCAGCUGUGCACAAUAUUUGCUGACUCGGGUGCCGUUGGGAAGUAUGCCCAAUCUAGUCACUAUGAAGGGCUGGACAAAUCUGCUGGGCUAGAUAGCUCAUUUAAAGAAACUAGCAACUUGGCUCCUGUAAAUCCUUCAUCGCCAACACCUUUACACAGCGCUGCUACUUCACAACAAACUACAACAAGGAAUGUAGCUUGUAAAAAGAGGAAGUGUUCAUCAGAUAUAGUUCCUGCUUCUGACCAGAGCUGUGGGGAUAAAGAGAUAAUUGAUUCUAUGGCAGAAGCGAUGCGGGAGAUGAUUGCUGCUUCAAAGUUGCAGACAGUUGUUAUGCCUCAAGUUGAUGGAAGAUUUUCAAUCCAUAAAUGUGUCAAAGCGUUGGAUGAGAUAGAAGGCAUUCCAGACCAUCUUUAUUAUGCAGCUUUGGAUCUAUUCGACAAUCCCAGUCUAAGGGAGAUGUUCGUUUCUCUUAACAGCAGCAGCAUACGACUGACAUGGUUGCAGGGAAAAUGUGCUAAUCUUGCUUCAUUUAUCUAGCAUUGACGCCUUGGUUUACAAGUUUAGUGGCAGAUACCCAUUUUAACUAGCAAAGAUUUUAGUGGAAAAUGGAUAUAUAAAUUCCUAUAGCAUGCUUGUAAUUACCAGCACGGGACGAGUAAAUACAUUGUAGUUAAGUUAGCAGGCAUACAUUUGGGGUUGUGGUCAAGGCAUUGGUGGUAAUGGCUACGGAAACCAAGGCUUUACAUGUUCGUAAUGCCACUAAGCAAGUUAGCCAUUCUAUUUUCUCUUGUAAGGAAUGUUUUGAAUGGAAGCUUUUUGUACUUUUGAAUGA